AUGGUAUUGAAAAAUCUCGUACGGUAUAUUAUCAACAAAUAUCUGAAAGAUUAUAUCGAAGAAUUAGAUUACGAAAAGCUGAAACUCGAUUUAAGAAAUGGACAUGUCUGUUUGGAGAAACUUCAUUUAAAACCUGAAGCACUUGUUGAUCUGAGUCUUCCGGUCACAGUAGCUGUUGGAUACAUUGAAAAAUUAGCAUUAAUCAUUCCAUGGAAGAAUCUUUAUCAUCAUCCAACGAAAGUAUCCAUCGAUGGACUCUACAUGUUAGUUGUGCCAAAAAAUGAAGUCCGUCGUGAUUUUACAGGGUAUUACGAUGACAAAAUGCGACGUGUUCAACGAAAAGUUGAUAAUCUACGAAAAGCAGGAUUAAAUAACAAAAAGCUCGAUGAAAAAGAAACGACAUUUCUCGAACGAAUGCGCUUACAAAUUAUGCAAAAUCUUCACAUUUCUAUCGACAAUUUACACAUUAGUUAUGAAACCAUCUCUACAACUAAAUUAGGGCAUCCAUUUUCCUUUGGUCUGACUAUUGACUAUCUGGAAAUGAUCACAGCAACAAAUCAUCGACUUAUGGGAAGAAAUAAAGAAAAUUCAACGGUUAUCUUCAAAUUGAAAGAAAUGCGUGCUCUUUCACUGUACUGGAAUACACAAUGUCGAUCAAGGAUUGAUAUGUUAUUCGAUGAUGUUGUGAAAGAUUUGAAAUCUAAAAUCGCCACGACUGGUUAUAUUCCAACAGAUCGAGAAAUGAAUUACAUUCUUUAUCCGGUUAAUCCUGUAAUUGAUUUAACGAUCAUUUUGCAACCUGGAGAGUUUAAUUUCGAACGUCCAACAUAUGAUCUUGACAUCCAGAUCGAACGACUGGAUCUCAACAUUGAUCCCAAACAGUUUUCCGAUUUGCUCGAUUUCAUUAAAUUUCAAAAUUAUAGUAAACUUUAUGAUCGUUGUCGAGAAUACCGUGAACUGCAAAUACAUCAGAUCAUUGAUAAACAACCUUUGUCAUCCGAACAAAAAAUUCGUCUUCAAUAUUUGGAAACGAAAUUGGAUGUAUUCAAUCUUGCUUAUAUUCGCUAUUUGGUUGAAUUAGAAUCAUAUCCAAAUCUUCCAAUCAAACAUCACAGUCAUCAUCAUCGACUGAUUCAUCGUCAUCAUCAUCAUCCAAGAGCGACUCGAAUGACAACUGCAUCAGUUUCUCCAACAAGUCAUCCGAAAUGGUGGAAUUCUUGGUGGAAAACAAAAAGUCAUGUGAAAGAAGAACGUCGAAGAUCAUCUGCAUCUGACUCGAUCGCUAACAAUGGUGAUUUGCCCUCUGAAGAUUCUCCGAACAUCGAUGUUAAAGUAAAAGUUCGUCAUUUAACUUUGAAUUUAUCAUAUCCACAGAGAGACAAUCGAGUUACAUUAACAGACAAAGACAUACUUUGCCCAAUUGAAAUCACUAAUACUCAAAUUGACUUCAAACGACAAGCAGUGUCGUCAAACAUAUUAUUCAUUAUCGAUUUACAAUCAUUAUCUUUAUUCGGUAUGCAAGCUGCUGGUGAUCAACGACCACUACUAGUAACAACGAUUUCCAAAUCAUCGCUUCCAUUAAUUCAUAGUGAAUUGGAAUUAUCUCCAAUGGACAAAAAGUCCGAUUAUCGUCUACAUUUGGUUAUCGAACCGCUCAGAAUCACCUACGAUGCUUCAACGAUUAAUCAUAUUGUACAAUGUUUCGAGACCAAUGUUGAUGAUGUUUGGUCUGCAGUGGCACAAAUCAAGGAGAGAACAAUCGAGGAAAUGGAACAAGAUCUUCGUCACGAGAAGAUUUUUGAUAUGACACUUCAUUUACAAGGAAUUUCAUUAAUUCUACCUCGAUAUGAUGCGAAUUCCUCUUCUAGAAUUAAUAUUGAUUUCGGCAGUUUAAUAUUGCGAUCAUGUUUGGAUGAUCAUCGCGACGAUUUCGUAACUCAGGUACAACCUUGCUUACCAUUAUCAAUAACAUUUCUUUCAUUUUGUACCAAGGAGUCAAUACAACGAUAUUAUACAAGAUAUAAUUUAAAACUACACGAUCUUCAGAUCGUCUACUCUUCAUCAGAUAAACAGCAGACACGUCUACUAAGGCGGUUACCAAUACUCGAUACCGACUUUUACAAAUGUGUUUGUCCGAACGAUGCAAAGUUAUUAGAUUGGCGUAUUGUCGUGAAUAUUACACGUAUGAAUACGAUUGAAUUGUCGCCGAUAACUUUAACAGAACUAAUUCAACAUUUAAAAUCUGUACCACUGCUUUAUUCAAAUCUGAUAGAAACUCUUCAUCGAGUGAAUCUCUAUUUUACCAUUUUCCCACCACACACCACUGUCGAUGUGAAGUUUAUGGUUCGGAAAUGUUCUCUUCUUCUGACUAAUUUCUACACAUCAAUAAGCACAGAUAUUGAUGGUCAUAUAUUGAAAACAAGAAAGAAGAAAGAUAUGAAACUUUUGCUGAAUAAUUUAGUCAUGCUACAUCGCAAUCAAUCAUCGAUAUCAUGCGUAAUCUAUCGAAAGCAAUCAAUUGAAUUAAUUUAUACGAAGGAUUUGACGGAUAAUCUGUGA